AUGUCUUUGAUGUGGGGGGUCGGUCUGUACGUGUUCGCGUACUUGGCGAUCACACAAAUAAAUUGUUAUUUAGUUGGCGCUGGAUUAAAUGUCCGUUUCGCGCAACUUCUUCACACGGACACAAAAUACCAGGUCCUUAGAGAGGAAAUGAUAAAAGCGAACACUAGAAACCUGGUUUACCAUUGUCGGGCUGAUAAAAGCGACUGCAACGCCGCCCUAGCGAAGAUGAGGUACAAGGCCAGCAAACACUUCUACGCACUCUCCAAAGCCGUGGUCGAUUACGUUAAAAACAAAAGACAGGCGCGACCUACAGGAUACGUCGGCACAGCGACAUUCUGCCAGGACAACAUAUGCGUUCCUGAUACCGACCCUCCAAUAGUGUACGGCGGAUGCUUCACUCUUAUCUCCUGCGGUGGAAACCAGACCUGGCACCUUGAUCCUGUCAUUUAUAAGAAAAAGAAAAACAGAUUAUAUUAA